AUGAGGGUGGUGUCAUUUGUUAAUCACAUGGAAUUUGAAUUUGAAGGUAAUAUCAGCAAGAAUGCUAUCUGUCUUGGUGACGUUGACAAUGAUGGCCAAAAUGAACUCAUUGUAGGCAGUGUGAAGGGGGUCUUAGCUAUUUUCAAAGGUGAAAAGUCCAGGCCAGUCCACGUCUUCACAGAUUUAGGGAUGGUAACGGCUGUGGCAGUUGGGGACAUCUUUAACUUUGGUUAUAAUGUGUUAAUUGCAACCACUGGCUGUGGCAUCUGUUACAUUUAUGAUUUUGCCAAUGUGCAGCUGGGUGAUCCAUUGCAGGAUAAAGGAGAAUUGCAGCCUGUGCAUGUUCAGCACAUUCCUGCUAAUGUUAAAGAAAUAUUAGUUGGGGAUGUUAAUGGCGACGGGUUAGCAGAAGUAGUCGUUGGGUUAACUGACCGUGUUGUGCGCACAUACCGUUGGAUUAAUAUAGGAAAUGUAGUUGGAGGAAAGUUAAAUGGGAAACUAGUUGGUCAGAGUAAAUGGGAGUUAGUGGACCAGAUAGGAAAUAUUUCGUUGAGUGAAUGCAGUGAUGGCAGCCCUUCUGUUCUUGCAGCACAGCCGGGGGGUACCUAUUUCACCCUUAAAGCACGAACUCACGAGGAUAGUGAUCAGGAUCCCUUUGAUGAUAAUGUGCCAUGGGAAGUGCUAACAAAAAUGUCUGUCUUUUAUCAUGGGUUAAGCUCGGCCCGACUUCGUAAUCCCCAAAUUGAGACCCAGAUUGUAGGCAACAUAAGACUAGAUAGGUUUAGAUAUAAUUCUGAUGGGGAAGGGAGUGGAGGUGGGAAAUUUGAAGCCAUUGUGGAGGAUGGAAAUAACCUGGAAUUCCCCAGUAGCUUUGGUUUUGUCAAGUCCCAUUUGCAUUCUGGGUAUGUCCAGAGAAAGCACUCCACUGGUGCCGAUGAGGAAGGGGGUGACGGUGCAUCGUCAUCCAACCAUCAGGAACACUCUCCAAAGCCUUCGGUUGGGUUUGCCGUAGCUACUUUAGAUGGCACCUUGAUGCUGGUGCAUGAUGGCAAAAUCAAGUGGAAUCUGCAAGUGGAUCAUCAGUUAUUUGCUGUCCAUGCAAUGGAUGUCACUCAGAAUGGGAAGGAUGAGGUGAUAGCUUGUGCAUGGGACGGCAACACUUACAUUGUGUACGACAAUAUGUACUGCGUGCGAUUUACAUUCCCACACCACGUCAACACUUUCAAAGCUGGCCUGUAUGGGAUCAAAGGAAAACAGGUGCCUUCCCUGGUCUACGUCACGUUCAACAAUCGCAUCUUUCUGUACCCUGACAUCACAAUGCCACACAUCGUCACCACAACAGUUACGGAGGUUUUGAAGAAUGAACCAAGAUACAAGAAGUUCCUUGAAAAAAUGGGCAUUGAUGCUGGUGAUCAGUCAAAACUGAAAGCAGUUAAUCAUUACUUGUUAUAUGGGAAGUAAAGUAAAUAGUUAGCUAUACUUUUGUACCAUUGUUGUCACUUGGAACCUUGUAGCAAAAGUCUCCAGCAUUCUGUCAGUUUUACUGUUGCUGUUUAAUAGUGUAUACUAAUGCUGAGAUGAGUUAAUGGUAUUGAAACAUGAAUCUCUUGAGCUGUAUCAUAGGAUCCAUUAAAAAGUGUAAGCACUGAGAACCUUAGUACUAUUGUCUUUUAUUGCUUAUGCUUUCAUUAGAUCUGUCUCAAUGUUACAGGUUUAAGAGAGGUUGACCGAGUGUGUUAGCUUGCUUCUCCAUCUGAUAUUUUUACAAGGUCUUUACUUGAAGUCAGGAUACAGUUAGAAAGCAAAGUUGUGAUUACAGAAGUGUUAGAAAGUAUAUUUCAUUGUAUACAUAUAACUCGCUAGAAAUAAUGUAAGAUAGUAUCAUAGUGAAGAGGUCCUUGUGAGUGUCACAAAAUUGCUGAUGGUUGUAUACAAGCAUAUGACUAACAGUAUGUAAUCUCUAAUUAAUUUCCAGCUUUCUACUUUUUCAGGAAUUCAAAUGCUGGUAAUGUGAAGGCAUUGGUUUUCAAAGCCAGUAUGAAGUUUGAAUAGUAAAAUGAGAUUCAGUAGAUGCUAAAUCCCACUUUACUACUUGGUCUUCACACUGAGUUUUAAAUCAAUGCUUUCAGUUAUUAAACCAUUCCAUAAAAUACCAUAAACAUUGGCUUUCCCUAGUACUAUAAUAUUACUUCACAUGACUUCUAACCCAUUAUAUGUGUACACAGGAGUAAUUUAUAAAACUGUAGCCACCUUUUCAUUUUCCAAGAGUAUCCCGAACCAGAAAGUAACUGUUUCUCGGAAAGAUUUAACUUUUUCAUAUGAAGUGAUUUAAGGGACAGCUGAAAAAACUGGAACUUUAGAACAGUUGGCAACUUCCAGGAGACCUCCCGUUUAUCCAAAUUUAAGGUUGUAUGGAACUUGAUAUGAUUAUUUGUUUGGACACCACAUAUUUUGUUCAAGAAAUAAGAAAAGAUGUUUUUCAGUUUAAGAAACACAAUUAACAACAAAUAAAGUACUGCAUAUCUAAUUACUGUAGUGUAUACACUGCCAAUUUUUUUUUUAUAUCAAAUGGUGCCAGACAGAUCUUUUGUUAGUGCAAAGUUCUUAUGUUUUAGUAGAAAGUAGCUCAACUUUUUUAAUGUUCUCGUGGAAAUUUUGUGUAUAAUUAAUUAUAACAUCAUACACGUAUUCCUAUAGCGCGCUCUGUUACAAAUUUACCACCACAAUUUUUUCCUCAAGGCCAAAACCGUAUUUUUUUGUCUGAAGUUUUAUAAUUGUUGCUCUUGGCUGAAGCAACUGUUGGUAGUUAUGUAAAUAAUGUAGGUCUUUUACUUGUUAUUUUCUGAUUUAUUAAUAAAGAUUGUAUACAAUGAAA